AUGACUUCGAUGGAUUUGGAGAAGCUGAAGAUGACGGGGGCCGGCCGGGCCAUGGCCGUUCUGACCAGCGGUGGAGAUGCCCAAGGGAUGAACGCUGCUGUCCGAGCUGUGACCAGAAUGGGCAUUUAUGUAGGAGCCAAGGUCUAUCUUAUUCAUGAGGGAUACCAGGGUUUGGUUGAUGGUGGAGACAACAUCAAACUGGCCCACUGGCACAGUGUGACCAACAUCAUCCAACUGGGGGGGACGGUGAUUGGCAGUGCCCGCUGCAAGGCCUUCACAACUCGUGAGGGGAGGAUUGCUGCUGCCUUCAACCUGGUGAAGAAGGGCAUCACCAACCUGUGUGUGUGUGGUGGGGACGGCAGCCUCACUGGAGCCAACAUCUUCCGCAAUGAGUGGAGCAGUCUGCUGGACGAGCUCGUGCAGAAAGGAAGGAUCACAGACGAGAUGGCCAAGAAGAACAGUCACCUUAACAUUGUGGGGCUUGUUGGUUCGAUCGACAACGACUUCUGUGGCACUGACAUGACCAUCGGAGCCGACUCGGCUCUGCACCGCAUCAUGGAGAUAGUUGAUGCUAUCAUGACCACUGCGCAGAGCCACCAGCGCACAUUUGUUCUUGAAGUCAUGGGUCGACACUGUGGGUAUCUGGCCUUGGUGACAGCGCUGGCAUCGGGGGCAGACUGGCUCUUCAUACCCGAGGCUCCCCCACUGGAGGGCUGGGAGGACCGCAUGUGUGCUCGACUGGAGAGGAGCCGCAACAAGGGGUCAAGACUUAACAUUAUCAUCAUUGCAGAGGGAGCCAUUGAUUCAAAUGGAAAGCCCAUUUCCUCGGCUUACAUAAAGGAACUGGUGGGGAAGAGGCUGGGCUAUGACACCAGAGUGACCGUUCUUGGCCAUGUUCAGCGGGGAGGGACUCCUUCAGCCUUCGACAGGAUACUGAGCAGUAAAUUGGGUGUGGAGGCCGUGAUUGCCCUGAUGGAGGCCUCUCCAGACACCCCGGCUUGUGUGAUCGGCCUGUCGGGGAACCAUGCCGUCCGUCUGCCUCUAAUGGAGUGUGUGGAAAUGACUAAGUUGGUGCAGAAAGCCAUGAAUGAAAAGAGGUUUGAUGAAGCUCUGGCACUGCGUGGAGGGAGUUUUGAGAACAACUGGAACAUCUACAAGCUUCUUGCCUUCCCAAAACUUGCCCCAACCGAGAGUAAUUUCUCCGUGGCUAUUCUGAACGUGGGGGCUCCGGCUGCGGGGAUGAAUGCAGCUGUCAGGUCAGUUGUGAGGUUGUCACUUACUCAUGGACACAAAGUCUACGCUGUGCACGACGGCUUUCAGGGGCUCGCUAAUGGAGAGGUGUUUGAGAUGAAAUGGCACAGUGUGGCUGGAUGGACAGGCCAAGGGGGCUCACUACUGGGGACCAAAAGAACCCUUCCCGCAAAAAACAUGGCAAAGAUUGCAGAGAACAUUUCCAAGUUCAACAUCUCAGCUCUGCUUGUAAUAGGAGGGUUUGAGGGAUACGAAGGCGUGCUGCAGCUGUACGAAGCCCGGACUCACUACGACGAGUUCUGCAUCCCCAUGUGUGUCAUCCCAGCUACCAUCAGCAACAACGUCCCCGGAACUGACUUUAGCCUGGGAGCAGACACGGCUGUGAACGCCGCCAUGGAGGGUUGCGACAAGAUCAAGCAGUCUGCUUCUGGGACCAAAAGACGAGUGUUUGUGGUUGAAACUAUGGGUGGAUACUGCGGCUAUCUGGCAACCUCCACUGGAAUAGCCGUAGGUGCCGACGCCGCCUACAUAUAUGAGGAGUCAUUCAACAUCCAUGACCUCAAGACCAAUGUGGAUCACUUAAGUGAAAAGAUGAAGAAGGACAUCCAGAGAGGUCUUGUACUGAGGAAUGAGAAAUGCCAUGAAAACUACACCACAGACUUCAUCUACAGGCUGUACUCAGCAGAGGGGAAGGGCGUGUUUGACUGCAGAGUCAAUGUGUUGGGACACCUUCAGCAGGGAGGGUCGCCUUCGCCCUUUGAUAGAAAUUUUGGCACCAAGUUGGGAGUGAAGGCUACCCAGUGGCUCUCUGAGAAGCUGACUGAGAACUUCCGACAAGGCCGCGUGUUUGCCAACACCCCCGAAUCCGCCUGCGUGCUCGGCCUCAACAGGAAGGUUGUGUCCUUCAUCCCCGUCACCCAGCUGAAGGAUCUGACUGAUUUCGAGCACCGCAUGCCCAAAGUUCAGUGGUGGUUUAACCUGCGGCCCAUGCUGAAAAUGCUGGCCAAGUACCAGACCAGCUUCUGCGAGUAUGUCCCCGGAGAGAUCGAACACGUGACCCGACGCUCCAUCAGCAUCGACGCCGGCUACUAA